AGGGAUACGCAUAGAAAUGGAUCUAUGGUGGGGAUCGUGGCUAUUCGGCUAGAAGCACCAGCACGUGACCCAGAACUCCAGAAGUGGCCGGUGCGUUAGAUACUCCAGUCGCGUUCUGUCCUCGGUGCGUAACUUCUGCUGGAAUUCCGCCGAUCGACCCUGGCGAUGCAAACAUGAUGGAACAAAUAGAGUUGACCACCGAGGAAAUAACUGCUGGUGCAGAACUCACCUCCAAUGGGUGUAUUUUCUCAUCGAGGAAAAAGACCAAGGUCGCUAUCAUAGGAGCUGGCUUCACAGGUCUCUGUGCAGCCAGGCAUGUCUGUUCAGAAGGAUCUGGGAUGACUGGAGUCGUUUUCGAACAAAGUUCUAACAUUGGUGGAACGUGGGUGUACACAGAUGAAACAGGGAAAGACAAAUUUGGCAUACCGAUACAUUCAAAUCUUUACCAUGAUUUAUGGACUAAUUUACCCAAGGAAGUUAUGGCAUUUCCUGACUUUAAGUAUAGAGAAAACGAGAAAUCUUACCUUCAUUCUUCUGAAGUUCUUCAAUACCUCCAUGACUACGCUGAAAAUUUCAACCUUAGUCAACAUGUUAAGUUGAAUCACCUAGUCAAAUGCGUUGCUCCUUUAGGAAAGAGUUGGAGUGUUUCUGUAGUCGAUCUUGUCACCAACGUAGAACAUGUUAGUACCUAUGAUGCUGUGAUGGUUUGUUCUGGGUCAAAUAUAAUUCCUGUUUAUCCGAAGUUAGAGGGAUUUGCAAAAUUUUCUGGAAGACAGUUACACUCAAAGGAAUUCAGGCGCGCAUCAGCGUUCACUGGAAAACGAGUCCUGAUAAUAGGACUUGGGCCAUCAGGCAUCGAUAUUGCAUAUAAACUUAUCGGACAUGUAGAAAAAAUAAUUGUGAGCCACAAUAAAGGGAGCAAAAAUAAAGAUCAGCCGGUAAAAAACAAAAAAGAAAGCCCAGUGAAAAUGAAGGAAAUCAAAGGAGUAACUCUUAAACCUGAAGUAGAGUUUUUAGAAGAUAAAACGAUUACAUUUGUCGAUGGAACGACAGAAGAUGUUGAUGUUAUUAUCUACUGCACAGGAUAUACUUACCAUUAUCCAUUUUUGACCAAGGAUUGUGGUAUUACUGUUGACCAGUGUGUAUAUCCAUUAUAUCUACACUUUAUAAACAUUGAACAUCCUACAAUGGGACUUUUUGGAAUUCCAAGACCUGUUCCUCAUCAUUAUAUGGUCGACUAUCAGAUUCGGACAUUUAUAAAAAUUCUCAAAGGUGAAGUGCAAUUGUGUGAAAAAAUGAAUAUGGAGAAGGAAGUAGAAGACCAAAUGAGAAUUAAAUGUGAAAAUCUCCCUAAGAAGUAUUUCCACAGGAUUAAAUCGCAGGAGGAAGUGUUUGAAUUUUUCAAGCAACUCGCAGAACUUGGACAACUGGAUCCGGUCCCAACAGUAUUAAUAAAAGCGUUUUUCGACGCAGUUCAAAAUGCCAUUAGGGAUUUCGAAUUUUACAGAAAGUCUGUUUACAAAUUUAUUGAUGAUGAAAAUUUCGUCGUUGUUAACCCUACGGUGGAUGCACAUGAAAGUAAUACUAUUGAAUUAAACCAAAAUUCCCAAGGGCGAGAAAUCAAUGAAAAGAAAGACGGAGAAGAGAGUAAUAAUAAAUGUGACCAAAAGGCACACAAGAAUUGUACACAAAAUGUGGAACAUACGAUACACAUAUGUUAAAAUUUUAAUUGAGAAUUUUGUGUUUACCCUAGAUUGUGAGGAUGUGUCACCAGUUGGAGGUUUCUCCCAUCAUGUUAGCCAAUGACUUAUAUAAUUUACUUACUGUAAUGAAAGAUGUAAGCGUAAAUAAAUACAAGUAAAUUAUAUAUAAAAAAAAACCCAGCUGUUAUUGUGAAUAAUAGAUUUUGUGAGAAAAUGUA